GAGAGAAGGAGGGAAGGAAAAAGUUCGGGAGGAGAAAGAGGAGAAGGACAACGCAGGGAGGGAAGGAGAGAGGUGGCGGAGCUCCGCCAAGCCAGUCUGCCCCCCACCCUCGGAACGAGGGGUUCCCCCGAAGAGGCUCGGAUCGGGCUCUCUUCUCCCCAGCCCCCCAGGAUGGAAUUGAGGCGCCCGGGCAGCCGCGGGGGGCGGCUCUGAGCGACACCCCCAAACGCACACUGCCCUUCCCAGAUCUCCUGGACAUUUUAUCAGUCUCCCCACAAGCAGACCCUCCUUUACCUCACUGGAGACCGGGGCAGGGGGCAGACAAUUGCUCCAGACAGGGCUGGUUUGGGGAGCCCUGGAAGGACUGAAGACAUUCAGAAGAACCUCAGAAGAGCCUUUCAGGAAACCUGCAAGCAGGAUCUGGGCCAAACCAUCCUGGCUAUUAGCCCUCCAUAGCCCUCUCUUGCAAAGCCAGACAGGUCGUGGCUAUUGUUUCCUCCUGCAGGAGGGAGUUCCCCAGUUUAACUAAGAAGGGUUUUCUCUUGUCUGCCCUGAAUCUUCCCACAUGGGGCUUCGCUGGCCGCCCACCAGGGAGGAAACUGCUUCUCUGCCCAUUCUUUCCAUGCCAGGGCCCUCAAAGACACUCCUGGAACUGCCUCUCUCAGGGUUGUGGCGUCCUGGCCUGCCCCUCUCUCGCCCUGCCCCCCAGAGGCCAGAGGACCAUGAGGGUCCUCUAUGGGCACUGCUGCCGCUUCCAGGUGCUGUGGGCCGCCCUGGCUGUCUCCAUGACCAUCGGCUUCACCAUCCAGCUCUUCGGGGUCUCCUUUCAGAAGAGGGCUUCCUUGUCCCAGCUGCCUCCGACCCCCUGGGCUCCCCCUCUGCCCAAAGCGGAGCAGGAGGAGGCGGAGGGGCGGCCAGGACACCGCUGCCAGCCGAGACGCCACCUGGUCUUCCUGAAGAGCCACAAGACGGGCAGCAGCACCAUCAUCAACCUCCUGCACCGCUUCGGGGAUGCCCGGGGUCUGCGCUUUGCCCUCCCCGCCCGCUACCAGUUCAGCUACCCUAACCUCUUCCAGGCACGGCGGGUCAAAGGGUGGCAUCCCAGAGGGCGCCCCUUCGACAUCCUCUGCCACCACAUGCGCUUCAACUUGCCAGAGGUCCAGAAAGUCAUGCCCCCGGACAGCUUCUACUUCUCCAUCGUGAGGCACCCCGUCUCCCUGGCCGAGUCGGCUUUCUCCUACUACCGGAGCGUUGUCCCUGCCUUCCGCCGCGCCGGCACCUUGCCCCAGUUCCUGGCCUCGCCACAGCGCUUCUACCGCCCCAGCGAGAGGGGCAACCACUACGCCCGCAACCUGCUGUGGUUCGACUUUGGCCUGGACCCACCAGCAGCCCCUGGCCUGGCCCCAAUCCAGGCUGCCCUGGCCACGCUGGAGCGCACCUUCCACCUGGUCCUGCUGACGGAGCACAUGGACGAGUCGCUGGUGCUCCUGCGCGAUGCCCUCUGCUGGGGAGAGGAGGACAUCCUGGCCUUCCGCCACAACUUCCGCAGCCCUGAGUCCGUCCGCCCACUGGCGCCCGUGGAGGCUGCCCGACUCCAGGCCUGGAACAACCUGGACUGGCACCUCUACACUCACUUUAACCGCAGCUUCUGGGAGCGUGCAGAGCGCUUUGGCCGUGCACGCCUGGCCCGGGAGGUGGGUGCCCUGCGGCAGCGGCGAGCAGAGCGGAUGCAGCAGUGCCUGCAGGGAGGGGGCCCUCUGGAGGCGGGGCAGAUUGCGGACGAGCGCAUCCGUCCCUUCCAGUUUGGGCAGGCCCCCAUCCUGGGCUAUGUCCUGAGGCCCAGCCUGGACCCCGAAUGGCAGGCGCUGUGCCAGCGCAUGGUGACUCCCGAGCUCCAGUACAAGGACCUUCUGGAUGCCAAACAGUUUCCUCCGCCCCCCCAGGGCAACGGCUCUCAAGCCGGCGGGGUGAGGUAGCAGUGGCAAGCGGAAGGGGGUGCAAAAAGGCCAACUGGCCCCCAACAGGCUUGGCAUGGGCUGGGUGCUGAAGGCACAGAGGACCUGAGGUGCCAUGAAAAAUCUCAUUCUGCCCACAUUUCUGGGAUUCCCAGAAGAAGCUCCCUCUGGAUGCUGGGAGAUUCAGGUGGAAGGAAGGGCUUCUUUGUAGAACUAUAGUGUUGGAAGGGACCCUAAGGGUCAUCCAGUCCAACCCUGGCAAUUCAGGAAUCACCACUAAAGCAUCCGUGGCAGAUGACCCUCCGACCUCUACGCAGAAACCGCCAAAGGAGAGGAGGGACUUUAUGCAGCCCAUCAAUGGCAAAAAAUAAAAUAAAUAAAAUAAAAUAAUUCCUUCCAGUAGCACCUUAGAGACCAACUAAGUUAGUUAU